AGGAAGAGAGUGAGAGAGAGGAGGAGAGGGGAGGAACGGGAGGGGAAGAGAGAGGAGGAGAGAGAAGAAGGGAGGGGGCGGUGCACGAGAGAUGGAAGGGGAGUGGCUUUGAGCCGGAGAGAAACGGCAGCGGUGCGUCGUUGGACCAAGAAAGAGAGGGAGGGCUAGAGAGAGAUCCAGAGGAGGAGAGGGGGCUUCCAGACUGGAUGGCCCCAGCGGUGCCUUUAUGGAGCAUGGGCCAGGUUCUAGGAUUCUCCCACUGCAAGGAAUAUGGUUCCGUGUCAUCCACACCUGAUUCAACACCUCCCUGUACCGACGGUGGGAAUGAGGAGUCUGAACUGUACGACCUGCAGACAGCCAGGGAGUGGUCGGACCAAGACGACGGGGGUCCAGAGGAUGAUGAUGGCGCAGCUUCAUCCCCCUCUAUUUGGGGUACCCCACGACAGAAUUCCUUUGAGCUUACGUUCUCCUACAUCGCCAUAGCCGAGGCAGAGGUGGGCGGGGUCUCACGACACCAUCGUGACCCGUUAACCGGGAGCCGGCGCAGGGUCGGAGCCAGGGCGGGCCGAAGCCUACUGAGCCGCACGGACACAGCAGAAACCCUUCUCCCUCUGGACUCCCCUGACGAGGAGUGGGAGACACACGCCCUCCUCGGCCCAGACGAGGAGGAGAGGAACCUCGGCAGACAAACUCAGAUGGGCCGGGACCAGGAUGAGGAGGAGGUCCACACACUGACUGAGUCGGUCCAGGCCAGAGAGGAGGAGAACAGGGAGAGGGAAGAGAGGGUGGAGAGGGAGAUCCACCGACCGGCGGAGAUAGUCCUGCCAUUUAUCACAGAGACUGAGACUCAGGAGAGGACCACGGGUCCCAUGGGAAGAGAGGAGGAAUCCCUGGAGCCCAGGCUCGGCAGCCCCUCAGCCAGCCAGCAGGCAGGAUCAAUGCCUGCUAAGCUUGAGUCCCCCGUCACCAUGGAAACCCCAGUCAAACUGCUCACUGCUGUGCUACCAAGCGGCAGUCUCACAGAUGACGUGUCGCCACUGUCCCCCUCCUCCAUUUCCCCGAGCACUCAGGAAGAGCUUGCCAGCAAGCAGUGGUCUUCAGCUGUCGACCCGUCAGAAGGCCCAACUAUAUGCACCCACAUCACAGUGAUGGAUCUGAUCUACUGGAAGGACGUGGAGCGUACUGGCAUUGUGUUCACCGGGCUGGUGGUGGGCCUGCUGUCCCUGUUCCAGCUCAGCAUCAUCACCGUCAUCUCCACCGUCUGCCUGGCUGUCAUGUGCUUCACCGUCUCGGUCAGCCUCUACUACAGAUUCCUGCACCUGCUGAACAUGGGAGAUGGAGUGCACCCCUUUCAGUCAUAUCUAGAUCUGGACAUCAGUUUCAGUGGAGAGCAGGCUGAAAAUUACAUGCAAAAGGCCAUUGUUACAGUCAUCUCAGCUGCAGACUCACUCAAGAAUCUCUUCCUGGUUGCAAACCUCUUGGACUCACUCAAGCUUCUGGCCCUGAUGUACCUGGUCACCUACCUGGGGGCCCUGUGUAAUGGUCUUACUGUUUUCAUAAUCGGUGUUAUCACACUCUUCUCUGUUCCACUGUUCUACAAACAGCACCAGGAAAAAGUGGACAGCUUCUUUGCAGGAAUUCAGGCCAAAAUUGACAACGUCAAGGACACUCUCCAGAGAAUUGCCCAAGGCGGUGGUCCCCCACCUGACCACACACCAGGCGGUGCUAAGCCCAAAACACAGUGAAGAAUCGAGUCGGACGGAGGAGGAGGAGACGCAGGCUGUCACUCAGAUGUCUUACUCAGCGGUCUGUGCUCUGAGUUCUGAAAGGCGGAGUUUCUGAGAUUGUAGCGGGAGGGGGGUGGUUAAGCAUGGGGCUGGACUAUUACAAUAGUAUACGUUGGGGUGGGGGGUGGGGUCUAGUGAGUGAGAAUGAGGGAAUUGGAGGGAUAUCUGGGCGAGAAUUGUUGUUUGAAGGGAAGGUUUAUAAAACUCAUGAUUUUUGGUCCAUGGCAUUAAAUGACCCACAUGGGCGAUUGGGACUUUCUGUGAUAGAGGGACUUUCUGCAGACCAGUAGAAUGAAAUGACCGGUGAUGGGAAUCGCUAAUUCUGGAUACCAACAGCUGGGUACCUGGGAACACAGGACUUAGGGAAGUGACAGACUGUUCAAACUGAAGUGGUGAACCAGAACAGAACAGCCAGAGACCAGCAGGACUGGAGUUCACCUGCUCCUUAACACGGGAUAGGACAUGGUCAGUCCAGUGUCAGAGGUUAGAGGUCACCAAACCAGGGCUCAUUAUUAUUCAUUGUAGCAACACAUUGAAUCAGGAUCUGAGACUUAGUGUGUUUGUAAUGUGUGUGUGUGUGUGGGUGUAUGUGUGUGUGUGUGUUGAUAUGCAGCUUGCCGUACUGAACCUGUUACCUGAGCGCUAUUAAAACCAUAACUGUUAUUUUUCUUUUCAAAUGUUUUGUUUCUGUUUGCCCACACUAUCUUGUACACAUCUGAGAUAUGCUUCCCACAAUUGUCUCACUGCGUCUUCCAUUCCCGUGUCAUCAUUCUACACAGCCGUUCAAGUGUUAUGGAUUAUUUACUAAUGAUGCUGUAGGAUGAAGUGUGCCAAAGCAGACCUAGCAGGCCUCUAAAUGGAUGUUCCUAAGUGUCUCACAACAGGACAAUGAACAAAAAUAUGCACCGGGUAAAGAUCUAAAUCAAUGUGAGAAGGAAAACGUAUAAGAAAUAGUAGUGUGAAAAAAGGAAAUGUACUGAUAAAUGUAUUGGAGGUAAAUCCAGAGCAAUCUGUCAGCGGCUGGAAUAGGGUGCGGAAAGACGUGUACAGUAUACGGAUGCAUUAAUAUAGAGACACUAGGCAUCGAACUAUGACGACCACAGGAAGUGGUAAAAGGCUAGGUGGAGAAUGGAAAGGGAAGGAGGAGGCGGUAUAACCGAAACAUUCAGGCCCUAUUAUUCACAGAGAGGACACGCCUAGUGGAUCCCCAUCAUGGACCGCUGCACUUAGCAGGACAUCAGUGGAUUGGGAUGUGACUAGGAAGGUUUUCCCUCAAGGAAAGACAGAGAACCGUGUCGGGAAAAGCGGUGCAAGGAGGGUCAGAGGGACACAUUCCCUUAAAUGAACUGGGGGUCAGUGGCUUAGAUCGCCAGGUGUUUGUACUUUUCGUCUUUGGAAGGUAAGAGGACAUUCGGACCAUUUUUUUGGCCUAGAGUUCCUGUUUCGGGGGGGGGUGGGGGGGGGGGUGAAGACAUCACAAGUCUUGCAAGCGGCCUUGUCAUCACAGACUUGGAUAGACAUCACAUUUCUGUGUCCGUGUCUUUAUGGUGUCUGUUCCAGCGUGGGCAGCUCCACGAAGGACAUCUCCUUUUCAAAGUAGUCCAUUUGUUUCUUCACGAGUGUACAAUAAUGUAUUGCUUGAUACCUUGUGAUGACCCGGUUGGAUGAAAGGAUGGAUGCCCUUAAUGGCGAUGUCUUCGCUGAUACAUGUUACAUCCAACUUCAGUCCUCUAUUCAUCUCUAUGUGGGUCCGUCCGUCCGUCCGUCCGUCCGCCCCCCCCCCCCCCAUCGCCACUGAUAACAUAACUGAGUCUCUGACGGCAGAGUGUAAUGAUCCUGAGAUUAUCCCUGGCUUGACGGGGUGUUGUAUAUGUAGUAGGUGCCUUUCUGACCACAACCAUGUUAGAGCAUGACCUGAAGAAGUAGCUAGAUAACGGCUUCCCAGGGAUUUCCGUAUAACAACCUAUCCAUGUUGGGCAAAUGCCAAGGCUUUUCACAGAGUCGUUUCACAAAAAAAACGGAUGAUCAUCCUUGUCAGCAUUUCAGCGUAUUGACACACUUCAGAAUGUGCUGUCACUGAAAUCUCCCUCUGCAUCUGUUGAUUUAGAGCUCAUGCACUACUCCCAUACCUGUCCGUUCAUUUAGCCUAACUAUCCCCUAGCCUUAUUUUUAAUAUUGGAUGUAACCAACUGUGGCAACCAAAGUGGCAGGACGUGAUUGGAUAAUGUGUCCGGCUACCUUUCACUAGACUUCUCACUCCCUCAUGUGAUUGGUUUCCGAGAAGAUUCUGCAUCGUCCUAUUAGAGAGGCCAGGACAUCAAUCACAGCAAAACAAAAAUGAAAUGUAAUUAAUUGUAUUAUGCAUUGACAUCCUUUUGUAUUAUCAAAACUCAAAUGGGUACCCAAACUUUGAAUAUUGCAAUAAUCUAUUCAAAACAAAAUCUACAAAAAUAAAUAAGCAUUUUGACAUGA